GAGCGUUGAUUGUUACUUUAUAUUUAAUCAGUUAAUGUAUUAACUGAAAAACAAAUAAGCCACUAAAAGAAGUACUAUAUAUUUUGUGAUUUUAUGUUUCAAAUAUUAACACGGAAUAUUUAUACGGUCAAAGUGUUUGCUGAAAUAUAAACACGUAUAAAUAGCGUUUAUAGUACACACGUGACUGGAGAUUUAACACUGAAAAUCGCAUCGAUUUUGGGGUGUAUAUCUAUUUCAUUAAAGGUGAAUAAUGCGGAAGUAUAAGGGUAUGUUAAGCCACGAUAAUGGCGGAGGUUUUUGACCAUGACAGUGGUAGAUCUUCUCCUACAGCUUGUCUAACACUCGUUCUUGUUAAAGAAAUGGUGAAAAACAAAGAUGGCGCUGACUUUGAUGACGUCAUUCAGUACGUAACAGGGGCUAUGUCUGUAUUACAACAAAACUACAAUGAGACAGAACUUGUAAAUAGUAUGAGGAUGAUACAGAGUUACAUCAAGAAAGAAAAUGUUAAUGUUCUAAAGUUUUUGGAAAGCAGUGAAAUACUUGAACGUGUAAUAACGAUUCUCAAACAUCUACCAGAUUCUAUAGAAAUACAACAGGCCGGAUUUACUUUACUGUUACAUAUAUGUGAAAAUUGUCCAGAACUUCUGCUUGCAUUGAGUACGAAUGGAUUUCACACUUUUCUGCUAGAACAACUGAAACACCAUAAAACAUAUAAAGAACUUCAGCAAUAUGGUAUUCGUAUACUUGCCAACCUGUUAUCAUUAGAAAAAUUCAGAGACCAGCUUUUAUUGGACAAACAAGAAGAGGAAGUUGCUCACGUGAUCUGUGUAGCUGUUCAGUCAUUUCCGGAAGUACGUGAUAUACAAAUUGCGGCUUCCCGUGCGAUUGACUUUUUUCUUACUGAUAAUGAUGAAGACACAGAAUUGAGAACAUAUUUUGUUGAUCAUGUAUGUGACAGUCUGGUAGACGCCCUCCAUACAGAAACUGAUACAUCUACACAAAUUCGUAUACUCAGCUGUCUCUGUGGCACAGACGACAAACAGAAGAUGUCUCUGGUACAGAGAGAUGUACAUAUCACCUUGAUGGAAAUUUGCUCGAAACAUCCUACAAACAAAUCUCUCAUCUCUGAAGCGACUACAUUGCUAUCUUUACUUACUACAGAUGAUACCGUUAAAUCAAUCAUGUCGACAAACAGCUUUAUUCAGAACAGUCUGUUUGGUAUAAUGGAUACACUUAGAUUGUCAGAAAAAGUUCAGAGAGCUGGGCUUAAAAUGAUGGAAAUAUUAAUGCCAAGUAUACUGGAGAACAAAGCCAAGGCAGACGAAGUUUCUCACACGGUUGUUAAAUUCAUAUACAAUGCAAUGUUUACUCAUAUAGAAUACAAUUUUGUUCAGAUAAAGCCUGAAAAUCUGUUAAAAUUUUGGAAACAAGGAAACAGCAGCAUGUCUUUUUACCGUACACAGGUUGCUGGAUGCCGUACUCUUUCCGUUCUCCUAGAAAACCGACCAGAGGCACAUAAAUGGAUUGGUGAACACUCAGAAGAAAGACAAUACCCUGUUCACACAUUAUGUUUCGGUGCUUUGUUUUCAUUUGGUAAAGACGUUGAGAUAUUUGUAUCAGUUUGUGAAGCCAUUUUCUGGAUAGCAGCAGAUAAUGAGCGUCUUUGCACAGCAUUGAUGAACAGAAAUGUGCACGUGCCAAUCAUAGACGGUUUAUCUCGUCACCGCAAGAAACCGAAGGCCAUUGAAAAUGGCUGUCGAGCGUUACGUGGACUUUGUAUAUUCCUAUAUAAUCAUAAGGAGACUCUAGUCAAAUAUGACGCCUUCUCUGUACUCGUCAGGCUGCAGGAACGCUACAAGAGUGACGUCAUUGUCGAGAUUGAGGUCAUCAGCGCCAUAGCUUGCUUAGCUGAUGUUGAUGUAGUACGAUACCAGUGCUUUGUUGAAAAUAUUCCACAAAAGGUGAUACAAUGUAUGUACGAAUUCGCAGACGACAUGACGAUACAAGAAAUUGGACUCGAGACAUUUGCAGUGUUGGCAGGGGCAGAGGGCGGUCCGGACAUAUUACUUAAUGCUGGUGCACUUGAUGUUGUUUUAGAAACAAUGGGAGGUUCUCCGGAUAAUGUUUUAAUUAUAAAGAAAGGGCUUAUAGUGAUACAGCUGUUAGCAAGCCCACCUGUUGUCCAGAAGGAGGAGACGAGAGCAACCAUUGUCACGAUCUUAAAAUCUGCACUCACAAAUUUCACAGACGUGAAGGGCGUUCAGUCAGAGGCAUGUGUUGCACUACAAUUACUAGCGGAAGUAGAUGCCAACAUGAGUCGAGCGUUUGUAGAUGCAGACUGUCACGAAUGUUUGUUCAAAAUUCUAGAAGAUGACAAUGCAACAGGUAUACACGAGUUAAGCAGUGAAUGUUUAUUUGUAUUGAGUCAAGAACAGAAUCUAAAAUCUGUCAUGUUGCUGUCAGCUUGUAGAAGUGGAAUAUUGCCGGCCACAGAGUGUCUUAUAGAGCUUGGUGCAGACGUCAACAUUGGAGAGGAUGAAAACACGCCAUUAUUUCUCGCGGUUGCUGGAUUGCACGAACAUCUCGUGAGCUUAUUGCUUAAACAAGACAUUCAAGAUCUCAGAACACCGCUCGUGCAAAGUUUGAAACAAAAGAGCCAUACAAUAUCUGGACUUAUACUACAGUAUUUAGGCUUCGAUAGAGAUGGUGGUGUCAUAUGCUGGAAUGGUUUAGAAUUAGACAGCCUCGAAGAAAAAUGGAUUCUUACUACACUGGCAAAUCAGCUCUCCUUUGCACAGGAUACAGAACGUGGCAGAUCAUAUAUAGAGAAGAUCAAGAGCAGCGAACAAAGAAGAACAACAAGAAAACAAGGAAAAUUAGCUUACUCGAAAUCCGACUCUCAGCUUAAACACCCGCAAGUAAGGUUGCGACAUAAAAUUGUUUUUGAGACUAAGGCGAGAGAGGAAGUUGUCAACGAACAAGGUCCACCCGCAGUUCCUAUGACGUCAAUGGUUAUAUCAAAUAGAAAUCCGUUUACGGAGACGAUGCUAUAUCAAAGGUUGAAUCGUUCCGUGUCCACUGAUGAUAAUCGAUUUGAUGGCUCGGUCAGAUCCUCAAGGCAUCCGAAACUCCCAACGAUCAUAUCUGGUGUUCCUACAGAAGAUCAAGAUAUUCCAGUAUUUGAGGCAUCCCAGACAGAGGAUGAGGAAUGGAGAGAAUUUACAUUAAGUGGUGCCAAUCCUGCCUAUAGCUCAAAUGACCCCAGAGUUCAAACGUCUCCUACUACCAGAAAAAAAUCAUUUGAAAAAGGUCAAUGGAAACGAAAGCAUCGAACAUCAAGAGGAUCUGCUUCUAGUGAAGAAACACCAUCACCGCGAUUAGGGGGUCGAAAGAUGUCAGAACCAGUUCUGUCCGGUCUAGAUCGUGUAACUCUUCCAAGACGCAGCAGCGAGGAACAUUUAUAUGAAAGUACCCUUGAAUUCAGAACGCUGCUAUAUUUAGACAUAUCUGAGAACUUUGUACAGAAUAUAACAUCACUAGUGUCUCAAAACCUCACCGAAUGUUUGGCUAAACUACAUACAUUAGACCUUCGUUCUAACAAGUUAUCUCAGUUACCUGAAGAUUUGUGGAAGAAUUUACCACUUCUUCAUCUAAUGGAUGCAUCAUAUAAUGAACUUGAAGAGUUUCCGGAUACUUUACUACAGUGUAAAAGACUGGCACAACUACGACUUGGAGUUAACAAGAUUAAAGUGGUGACAUUGAGGCAUUUCAAUACGUCCUUGAAGAGUUUAGAUCUGACACGGAAUCAAAUCAAAGAACUUCCAGAAGGCAUUGGUAAUUACUUACAUAACGUCCAGGACCUUUGUUUAUCUCAUAAUGAUCUCAUAGCGUUGCCGGAAAAUUCCAUUGGUUUACAGAUGCUACAAACACUAGACCUGUCAUAUAAUCAGAUUGACUGUGUACCAGAUGAGUUCCUUCUUACCUGCACAAAACUGGAAACAUUAGAUCUCUCAUAUAAUCUUUUAACACGUUUACCUGAUGAGAAAAAUGCAGAAAAGCUUAUAAAUUUAGCAAAGCUCAAAGUACGUCACAAUCACCUCGUGGAAAAGGAGCCUUUCUAUAUACCUAGAUUUAUUCUUGAACUGCCAAGUCUAAGGUCAAUAGAUAUCAGUGAGAAUCAGUUGGCAGGCUUUCCAUCAUUGUCAAUCUGGAAAACACAAACCAUGAAAGAUUUUAUAGCAUCAAAAAAUAACAUAACCAAGCUAAAUCUAGAAAAUCCAAAGCCAUGGUCAAAGUUAGAAAAACUACACGUUUCCCACAAUAAGCUCAAAUUGUUACCGAAGGAAAUUGGACAGUUCACGUCUCUGACGUCACUAGAUUUUAGCCAUAAUAAAGAUAUCACAUCACUUCCGGAUGAACUCGGCAGAUGCUCAAAAAUAUACGAGAUGCCAAUAGAUGGACUAGAUUUGGAUAUGAGUAGAGUUAUCACAGCACGGAGGGUCAAGGAUAUCAUUAGUUACCUCCAUAACAGAUUAAAGAAGGCACAGCGUUAUUAUCGUAUGAAACUAAUGGUUGUUGGAUAUGGUGGGAGAGGAAAGACAACUUUGCUUAAGACACUUAUGAAAGAAAAGGUUAAAAAGAAGGAAAACAGACCAACUGUCGGUGUUGUUGUGAAGGACUGGGUGUACACAAUGUUUGACAGGCGAGUGAGUGAUGAUGGUAUUAGACUCUUUAAUGCCAGAAAAGUACAUGUAACAUUGAAUACUUGGGAUUUUGCUGGUCAAGAAGAUUUCUACAGUACUCAUAACUGUUAUCUCUCAAAUAGAGCAGUUUAUUUGGUAGUAUUUGACUUACGGAAAGGUGUUGGUGAAUGUGAAAAUUUGAAGUCUUGGUUAGGAAGCAUUCGAUCUCGAGCACCAGGUUGUCCUGUUUUUAUUGUUGGCACUCAUCUAGACAAUCUUGAUGAAGGAAACAAAGAAAAAAGAAUAACACAGGUUACAGAUAUGCUUAGGGAAAUAAACAUUAAACCAGGUUUUCCUGACAUAAACCAUGUUUUCCUGGUUGAUGCGUCAUGCGAGAAUGAAGAUAUGGACGACCUUCGAAAAGCCAUCAAAAAAGUGGUUGACACGUUUCAGAUUCGUGGACAACGUGUCAUGGGUGAGAAAAUCCCAGCUAGUUAUGUUCAAUUAGCAGACUUAUUAUCAGAGAGAGCGAAGUCAGAUGAAUGUAAAUACCCUGUUUUACAAUACAGAGAACUUCUAGAAUUAGUUCAUGACAAGAAACUUGAUUUAGACGAGAGUGAACUUCAACAAGCUGUAAAAUUCCUGCACGAAUCUGGUGUCUUGUUGCACUAUGACGAUGCGUCCCUGAGGUUGAAAGAUUAUUAUUUCAUAGAUCCGGGGUGGCUAUGUCAAAUGAUGGCUCAAAUCAUCACUGUGAGACAAAUAAACCCUUUUAUAAACACAGACGGGAUUUUGAAGAAAAGAGAUAUAGAUAUAUUAUUUAAAGAAAAGUCCAAAUCAACACGAUUUCCGCAAUAUCUAAUUCCUCAGUAUAUAAAACUUUUGGAAAAGUUUGAGAUUGCUCUUCCGCAUUCUGAAACAGAAUUACUUAUACCUUCAAAACUUCCAAAAGCAAAGCCUGUAAUUCACCCGCCUGGAUUAUUAAAAAUAUGUAGAAUUUACCGGAUGCCACAUGUACCUAUCGGAUUAUGGUUCCGCUUGAUUGCACGAAUGAUCUCCAUGACAAUGCAUAUAGGAUUUCAGUCCAUCAUGAAACUCAGUAAACCACAGAAAACUGUGUGCUGGAGAAAAGGAGUGUAUAUAUACUGGUCAGAGACUGAAUACUUUCUACUUGAUUCGUCUACUGAUGAAGUUGAACAAACAGAUUCCAUUCAUAUAACAGUACCAUCUUUUCACCAGGGUUCAAGGUUAUUGGGACAAAUUGUUGACAGCCUUGACAAUCUGAUUGACGAAUGGUAUCCGGGUCUCACCUGCAUUGAUCCCAUGAUGGGACAGGAAGUACUGGAAAUACUUGCUCCAUGUAGUCACUGUAAAAGUAGUCCCACGAUGUUUACAAUUCAAAAUUUGAGAGUAGUUGCUUCGAAGCAAGACAGUGUUUAUUGCCCAACGCAUGAUGGCGAUGUUGAUAUUACAGACAUAGCCCCUGAUCUUGUUUUGGGCGACUUGGAGGAGGAAUUAAAGCUUAAUACCAGUCAGUUUGUAUUAGAGGAGAGUUCAGACAAGCAACUUGGAGAUGGAAGCUUUGGAGAUGUUUAUAGAGCUAUAUAUAAAAACAAAGAGGUGGCAGCCAAAGUGUUCAAAGAGGUGGCAGAUGUCCAUGCACUUACAAUGCUUAGACAAGAGGCUACUAUAAUACGAUGUUUGAAACAUCCAAGCGUUGUUUGUAUGGUUGCUGUCGGUAUCCGACCUCCUGUGAUUUUGUUGGAGUUGGCACCAUAUGGGACGCUGAAAACAUUGGCAAAGAGAACAUAUAAGCGGGCAUUAUACCACAGAAUAGCAUUGCAGGUGGCAGAGGGAUUGAUGUAUCUGCAUAGCAUAAUGAUCAUCUUUAGAGACAUGAAACCAGAAAAUGUUCUUGUCUUUAGUACGUCAUUAGACGCUACGAUAAAUGCAAAGAUCUCAGAUUAUGGCAUAGCAAGAGUUACAACCCUGCAAGGUCAAAUGUCACAGGAAGGAACGCCAGCAUAUAGGGCACCGGAAGUAAUACGUAAAGAGAACUACUCAUUCAAGGCUGAUAUUUUCUCUUACGGGUUAACCAUGUACGUUAUGAUGACGAAUAAACAUCCGUUUGACUACAUGGACUCCAGAGGAGAAAUAGAUAGAGCCAUUGCAGAGGGAGUAACAAUGCCACAACCGGAUAGUGAUAGAGUAUCACCAGUAAUAUGGCCAGAUAUGACAACAAUAACAAUGAGUUGUCUGUGUUAUGAACCUGCCGACAGACCAGAUGCCGAGCAAGUGUGGGAGGCCCUUAGAAGACCUGAGGUUCUUUGUUUAAAGAGACACAUCCCCGUGUCAAGAUCAACUACUGUCGAGUGUUUGUGUGUCGAGGAAAUUGACUUUGGUGGGAUGAACGAUUUGAGGUUGUGGAUAGCGAGUGGGGAUUCGGAAACGUUUCAGCUGUCCUAUAGAUAUGUCAGUGACCUUACAUCAGAAACUAAAGGUCAACUAUUUAAAUACGGUCGUGUUUUAUGUAUGGAACCUCUGGAUGACCACCGCCUUGCUCUCGGCACACAGGCUGGCAAGGUUUGGAUAUAUGAUACAAGUAACUGCACUCUCCUUAAUUCUUCCGCAAACCUGAAAGCGCCUGUUCUGAGUAUGAAACACUAUAAAAAUGAAGCCAAAGGCAAAGUUUUACUAGCUGGUCUAGCCAAUGGAAAACUUGCAAUAUUUCAAGUACAGGAAUUACUUCAGGAUAAUGAUGCUGAUCCAGUGUGUUUGUACCCAGGAAAAGAGCAAGAGCCGGUUCUUUGUAUGACAAAACUUCGACAAAGAAUUUUCCUCUCUUGUGGCACAAGAAUAAUUGCCUUAAAUAUUAGUAGAAUUAUCGAGUGGGACAAGGAAAUAGAAACUGCAGAGACAAAAGACGCAUCAACACCGGCAAUAAACACACUCGCGGUGAUCAAAGGACAUAUAAUAUUUUCAAGAAAAUCUUCAUCCUGUGUAGAAAUAUGGGAUUCAGCGAGUCAAAGAGUUGAGAAAGUGAUAGCUGUGGAUGAGACGUUUGACAUCCCUAAAACAGAAGCAAGGGUCACUGCACUUUCAGUUGAUAAUACGUCAAUUUGGAUUGGAACGCAUGGUGGAUAUUUAGGUGUAUUGGAUAUCAUCACCUUCAGUGUUGUUGCAUUAACUCACAGACAUAUGAGAGCAGUCAGAAGUAUUGUUCAUGUUAACGACAAAGGCUCCAGCCGAAAUAAAGUCGUAUUCAGUGGUGGUCUAGGUUUUAGGGAUGUUUCAAACUUUGCAGUUCAAAAACAGGAUAUGUGGCGAAUCUUGAAAAAUAUAGGAGGAAUACUCUGGCCUGCUGCAUUACCAUAUGCUAUAACUGUCACUGUUGAUGAUCUGGUUGAUGAGUGGUGA